AUGGAUGUGGAGCAAGUAAAUACAACAGAGGGAGGUGCAGUGACUGAGCAAGAGGCUACUUCACGAUCCCCCUCCAAGGCGCGCAGUCUAUCAGAUUCUGGUCCUCCGACACUUUCUCCAUCUCCAAAAUUUCGCGAGCCUGAAAACCAAAAGUCGCAGGACGAUAGUGCAAUCGAUACUCCCACCACUCCGCGGCGACCUGCUUUCCCAGCACGCGGUCUUUCGUUGAAGAUGCCACCGCGCGACCUUAUGCCCCCUAACACAUCUGCCUAUAUCACUCGCACCCCGCUUUCACCGAAGUUGGAUCACUCGCAAACAUAUGGGUCUCCAUCUAGUGUCCUUCCAAGAAGAUCUCGAGGUUUAGAUUUUUCUCGAGCCGCCACGAACCUUCAUCACUCGACACUCGCCGAACAGUCGUCAUCCGACUCCUCGCCAACCAUAACCGGACAAGCAAUGAAUAUACCAAGCAGAAAAGGCGGCCCUCACUUUUCGGGAGGCUCGGAGUCAACGAAUCAUAACUCAAGUUCUUUGUGGUCGACCAUGGCCCACGCAGACCGGAUGAACGUAUCAAGUUCUCUGGGAAGCGUGAACAUGAUGGGAUCGGAUUCCUCUGGGAGCAGCUCUGAUGACGAUGAUCUUAUGGAUGCCGAUGAUAUUGACGAUUCGAUCUUGACAACACCACAACUGAAUAAAAUGGCUGCACCUUUCGGCGCGAUACCACAAGGGAGCCCGGGCAACGGAUGGACUGGACAGUCACCAGCUGUUAGAAGCUUGAUGAACUUCCAGCGCUCGAGGCUACGGAAUGGUAAGAACAAGAAAAGAUCCAAAAACGGCAGCGGGAAUUCUAUGGUCAGCCCCCAUUUGAGGUCGCCUACUACGAUGCGAAGUGUUGAGAGCAUGGGCGUUGAAAGCUACUUGAGCCGAGAGACGGACAGUAUGCACUCGAGGAGAGACAGUAUAAGCUGGGCAGCCAACCAACUGCACAUAUCUGGAAGUGAAAGCGAUGAUGGAAUACUCAAGUCAACAUUGGAGAGCGUUGAUGGUAUGCCAAUGACACCUGGUCGAGAUGGCCAGCGCGCCGUCAUUCGCAGAGCAGUGACGAGGAGGGGCAAUAUGCUGCCGAAAACGAAAGGGUUUGCCCGUAUUCGAGCGGCUCUGGCCGAAGAGGGCGCUCCUAUUGAGACGGAAUUCCGCCGCGAAGCAGAAGUAGUUCGUCUGACCCGCGAAAGUGAUAUGGACCUCGAACCUACAAGACACCGUUCAAUAUCGGCCACGACGACCACACACUCCUCUCCGAGUCUCGGACCAGUCACCCAAGACUCCUUGGAGGGCAUACCAGAAGACGAUAUCAUGGCAGACGUGUCGUCAGGCCUCUCAAGUAGCUUUAAGCAGCAUGCCAUGCGCAACUCCAAAGGCAAAGAAUUUUGGGACACCUUUAGCGACGACAACAAUCGCACACCACCACCACCGGGAUUUCUCCCACGUGGUUCAUCAUCCGGUAUCAGCGAAGACAUCUCACUGCAUUCGCCAUCUGUAUCCACACCACCCUCCUCCCUCAUACCACCAAUUACUGGCAGCAUGUCCGAUCACCAACCCUCGUCACCUACCAGAUCUAUUACAUCUCAACCAUGCGCCGGACCAACAGCGGCCGAGAUCACGCGGAAGCUCAACAACAAACGACGAAGGGAUGAUGACUUUGACCCAACGAGCUUCAAGCGUCGAGCCGUGAGCCCGGGUAUGAGUGUGCAUAAUAGCCCCGUGAUGCAGAGCCCGUUACAGCGGGAUUCAUGGGGUACUCGACCCCCGAGUAACGGAGAGAGUAACAAGAUGACACCGAAUGGUGGGACUCUGAAACGGAUUGGAUUUCAGGGUAUGGUGGAUACUAAUGAUGGAUUAAUGAAGAUGAGCAUUGAGUGA